GACUUUAAAGAGAAAAAAAAGCUCAAGAAAAAAAAUUAAGAGCAAAAAUUAAAGGAAAAUAUUAUACAAAUUAGAGAGGAAUAAAAAUGGACAAAAAUCUUUGAAAAAUAAAAUUAGGACAAAAUAAAUUGAUAUAUGAGUUUUCUCUAACAAAAAAUUAGGAGUGUGAUAGCCAAAAUUUGGAUAGUUUGAAAUGCAACAAGAUUGUUUUAAAAAAGUUUAGCAAAAAUAAUAAUAAUAAUAAUACAUGGAUAAUUUAAUUGAAACUUUGGAUCUUAAUUUAACCCCACCAACAUUUUUGAAAUUCUUCUUCAGAUAACAAUCUCAAUUUGUAGUUUUUCUUAAUUAACUUAAAAUUUCGAACAAAUCGAAAAAUCAUCACACAAAUUUAAAUUUUCAAUAGUAAAAUUCAACCUUCAAACACAACCUAGCGUUGAAAAUAGAAUUAUUAAAUUUGCAAUAGUAGAAUUAUAGUAGAGAAAUUGAAUUUCAAAAGAAAAAAGUUAGUGUUAUUUUGAUUAGAAGUAUAAUGAUAAUUAACACUCAUUUUUUGCAAAUUGGCCUUUUUAAUUGAAUAUGAUUACUCAAUUUUGUUAAUUGGGUUUGUCAUUUUGGUGAAAGCAGGGUUUAGUUGUUGAGUAGCUCUCUAGGUCAGCGUCUUCCCUAUCCUUUUAGCGCACAACAUUUGAGAUCGACCAAACUCAACACUCUGCUUAUCGGACCUCCCUCCAAUUUCACUUUCACUUUCACCUUUACCCUUACCCAUGAGCUGCUGAUUCUGUGGCUUGGAGAGUACAAACAUACCAGUAGUGAUACCGUGUGGCACUAAGGACAGAGAUUUCAUAUAAUGAUUUUGUCUGGAUUGAGUGGCAAACCCUCAAAAUGUUGUCUUCUGAGACCUAGUGCCAGGAUUCCACGUGAGCUGGUUUCAUCUUUUUCCAAUGGGAACUUUAGAGAAAAUAUUGAUUUGCAAUAUCUUAAAAGAAGUUGCUGGACGGGUCCUGCCCUUCGAUGUAAAACUCUCCAGAUUCGACACACUACUAAGUGUGCAUUUGAUGCUUCUCCCGAAGAUUUUGCAAAUGAUUCUGCCGCUGUAUUCCCUCGAAUUAAUGUAAGGGAUCCAUACAAACGGCUUGGCAUAAGUAAGGAAGCAUCUGAAGAUGAAAUUCAAGCUGCGAGAAACUUCCUUAUCCAUAGAUACGCAGGGCAUAAAGAAAGUGUUGAUGCCAUUGAAUCAGCUCAUGAUAAAAUUAUUAUGCAAAAGUUUUAUGACAGAAGGAACCCAAAAAUUGACAUCAAGAAAAAGGUGAGGGAAGUCAAUCAGUCUCGGGUUGUGCAGGCUAUACGGAGCAGGUUCCAAACACCUUCUACAAAGUUCAUAAUCAAGUCAUCAAUUGCAUUCUUAGUUCUUGGAGUUCUCACCAUUCUCUUUCCAACCGAGGAAGGUCCAACCCUUCAGGUUGCUAUAUCACUUCUAGCUACUUUCUAUUUCAUACAUGAUCGAUUGAAGAGCAAACUCCGAGCAUUCCUUUAUGGGGCUGGAGCUUUCAUCUUCUCAUGGCUUGUGGGAACCUUUUUGAUGGUAUCUGUGAUUCCCCCAGUAAUCAAAGGACUGAGAGGCUUUGAAGUAACUACUUCAUUAAUAACCUAUAUCUUACUCUGGGUUUCAUCUACAUAUUUAAAGUAGCAAAGCAAAGUUUUUCUUCUACUGUGAGAUUCCAAUUUUGCUGCGGCUGAGCUUCUGAUUCAGUGUUCUGCUUCCUUGACCCUUGGGUCGGUUAAUGGAGAAGAUAGACGAAAUUGAAAGGGUUCUUUGUUUUAGAAUUGACCAGAAUUGAAAAGGAUGUAAACUAUUACAGUUGGAAACCAUAGGUUAGCUGUUUGUUAUUAUCUUUAUUUCAUCUUUUGUUGCAAUGAUAAUCCUUCUUGUGCAGUAUUUUGAAAA